CUUCUUAAUUAAUUCUUUGUUGUUAUCGCGGAGGAAAAUCAAAACAAAUUGAUACGCGCCGCAAUCGUGGGUGAAACAAUAGGUUGGAUUCGGUAAACGGAAGAGUGCAAAUGCGCAGACGGAAGCGAUGUGUUCCUUGGUAGCAGAUUAUGGCGAUAGUGCCGGUUCAUCGGAGUCAGAAUCGUCGGAAAAUAACACGGUGAAAGAUGAUCCUGCCCUCAAGGACGACGAAAAAUCCGGAACUAGUCAACCAAGUGGCUCCGUGAAACCCUUACCCAGUGCCAGUGCUAUGCUGCACUCGAACGCACGGAUCAUCCCGGGCAGCGUAUUCAGCAAUCCGUUUCGCGAGGCCGAAGAAGCCAAGCUGGCCAGCCUGGAAAAGCACGUGAAGAUGGUCGACCCGGAAGCGAACACGGCCGAACAGAAGCGCAAAGUGUGCUGGAGCUAUAAGAAAGGCCGCUGCCGGUUCGGAAGCAAAUGCAACUUUGCGCACGACUCUGACCUCAUGCUGCGUAGGGAACUGGCCGGUGGUGGUGCUGCUGCGGGCGGUGAAGCUGAUACAGAGGACCGGACAGCACUUGCAAUGGAUCCAGAGUCUGGUGCGAUCCCGGAAGUUCCACCGACACCGACCAAGAAAAAGCGCCCGGGAUUGGCCCGUGAGCUGGUACCACCACGGAAGGUACUGCGAAUGUAUCACCGGGAAAAGUAUGGGAUGCUGAAAUAGUAGUCGUCUUCAGUAACAUUUGGUUUUUGACCUAAAGCUCUCAGAGAGCAGUACCAGUGGUUGGCAAUGGCCAACCGGUAUGCCUAUCCAGGACGUAGUUGACACACGAAUAGCUGUAUUUCAUCCUGAUUUAGCCCUUCUGUAAGAUAUGCACUAGAUGUAUUGAGUGGUGAGAUGAGUCUUAUUACGUUUUAUUUACAGCCGGGGAAUGUACUGUACGCGGGUACUAGUGGAACGGAAAUAGAUGGUUUUACUUUUUGCUCCUUUAAGCACA